UUCAAUGCGAUAAGUUCUGUUGACGAAUCCUUCUGAUUAAGAGAAUAUCAUCAAAAUAUUUAGAAGCAAUGCGAAUUCAAUUUAUUCUGCCUCUGAUAUUGAUACUCUUCAUCCAGGCUUCUCAGUCGCAAACCAUAUUUGAUGAAGCCAAAGGAAUCCUGGGAUUUAUUCAUGAUGUUAAGGAAAUACUUCCGUUAGUGCAAGAAGAUAUUGAAAAGUUGGAUGCAAUUGAAUUUAAUUCUACGGAAAUGGAAAAUUACAUUAAUGUGCUGAAACCUUUCAAGAAUGCCAGCAUUAAAGUUCUUGAGAUUGAAGACAAUCAUAUUAAACAGUCAAAGCAAUCGAUAUAUAAUGACAUUACUCACAGCCCUUUGGACUUGUAUAGAUUCGAGCUUUUGAUUCAAGAUUUGGAAACUGUUUCCGAACACUUUACGAAAAUGGAGACAAUUGAGUCGUCUAAAAAUUCGACACUCAUAAUCUUAUUUGCUGAAAGUAUAAUUGAUAAACAUUACCUUUUACCGAAUUUAUAUAAUAGUUUCUAUUUGGAACUGCUUCGUUUAUAUAUGCCCGAUAAGGAUGAAAUGAAUGAACUGCGCCGAAGGCAUAAGAUACCAACAAAAAACAUUUGUCAUAGUCGUCAAGUCCCCCAACAGCUUGUGUACUCAGUGUAUAAGGACAUCGCACUAACCGAAUUGAAGGCAUACAUCCUGAUCGAGUACUCAUUCUUGAUUCUAAAAAUUUCGAGACAAGGUAAUUUUACUAAAUCAAUGAACAAGGUUCGCCUCAACUAUCAGAAUGUCAGCGAAAACGCUCUCGACACACUUCAAAGCACAAUGGAAAAAGCUGAUCGCGUUAUAUGGCGUUGCGAUCCCGAAAAGCAUAUUCCAAAUGUUACCUACGAUGAGGUGACAAGAGUUCUUCAGGGAUACGUUGAGAACGAAGUGGAUCUAAGCAACGAUGAGUCCUGCAGUGAAACUUGCUCCGAUUAUCAGAACACAACUACAAAAGGUUGCUUCAAACAAAAGUUUUGUUCUCAGCAGCCUCAGUGCUCGGGUCAUAUUUACGACUGUCAGUUAGUCGACUCGGACUUAUCUAUUUGUCAAUCGAAUGAGAAUAACAGCCGUCGAUAUGAUUAUAUUGAAUAUGAAGAAGGACAGAAGUUUGGACAAGGCGAGAAUUGUUCUCGAGAUGUCAAUAAUGUACAGAGCUGGCAUAGAUGGAUUUUCACAAAGUGCAGCUACUGUUUUUGUCUUUGCGAUGAGCCGGGUCCAAAGUCCGAUCGUUACUUUAAUCUUCUUUACACUUUAUCUGAUAUCAAGGCGAACAAAGUGGUGACUGGAGUGCGAUUUGUGAAGAAGAAUCGCAUUUUCCAUUUGCAGAUACAGCAAGGACAACUCUUGCCUCGAGGAGCCAUCAACGAAUCAUCUGUGGAGUGGGUUCCAGUUGAUGACUUCAAAAUAACCGAUUCGAAUGUUUGUGAUGGGGUCGAUUAUCAUUCAUUGAGCCACAAGGAACGCGCGUUAGAUCUGGAUGAAAUUUUAACUUUGGACGGCCAAGCUUCUGUAGUGACUGGGCUGCGUUUACGAGUAUUGAGUGGACGACUGAAUCUCAUAUUUAUCAUCUCACAUAGACCACCAAACAAUGAAGAUAGACAAAAGGUAAAUCUCGAUAAUCUUGAUGUACCAACCCGAUCAACAAACAGUUCACAACCAAUGUCGAAGAAUAAUCAAUACUUAGAGUUUGUGAACUCUGGAAUAAAACAAGAUGUGGCACAAACAACAAUUCCGUUUAUAGACAUUCAGGAUGUUGUUACAAGUCCUCCAGUUCCGUUGGCUGGAAUUGGCGUCUACUAUAAAAGUAGUCCGGGAUAUGGCGGCUUUGUGGCACCCAAAAUCAUCACCUAUGACAUUUCACGACACGUUCGGAAUGCCGAUUAGGAUUUGCAUAUUAAAUUAUUUCGAAUUUGUAAACAAAUUUGUCUUAAUUAAAAUAAACUUGCUACA